AUGGGAAUAUGUGCAAGUAAGGAAGAGACUAGCAGUCCAACCAACUUAUUUACUAGUAGUUCUCAACCAACAUCCAACACUGCAGCAACAAGGGAAGAACGUUUGGCUGCUGCAGAAGCUAGACAGCAGGCUAAUGUGAAUAGAGGGGUUCAAAGUACUGGCGGUGCACUUUCAAAGAAACUGCAGCAACAGAACUCUAUUGCACCUGGUCGGAUCCCUAUAAACCAAAACAUUCACGAUGAUAGUAAUCUGCAGGUAAAUGGUAUCAAACAUGUAUUAUGA